CCUUCGGGCCUCUGCACCUUUCUCCUUCCCAGAGCCAGCUACAUUUUUGUCGAGGUUUACCAGUUGCUCAUUGUCAUAGCUAAUAUCAGGCCAGUGACAGUUUGUACUGUUUGACAGACCCGAACUUAUCCCUUUUUCGUUUUCUCCUCAUAAGCGUCAUCUUGUCAUUUCAUUAUUCUUUAUUUUUGCACUCCUCCCCUUUUUGCCAAGUAAGUUGACUAGCGUGUCUCCCUUGUUGCAUUCCAAUACGGUGAUAGUUUCAACAGAGUUUUAAGUUUAACACUCGCUUGUCGCCAUUUGGAAUUCUUCUUUUGUCAUUGGCUCAGCUCUCUACCCUACGUACAUACAUUCUUUUUAACUACGUCCGCAGUUCUUGACUGUCCGUAACAGACACAGAGAAUUGGUCUUGUAGCGCCGUGAUUGAUUCAUUCUUAGACGAUUGCUGCUACUUGUUGUGAUCCUAAUAAAGGUUUCAUUUUUUGGAUUAUUAAAAUUGUACACUGAGUGUCUGCGUGACUCUGUGUUCUAAUCCCUGUUUCCCUCCGUCCCGUCAAAAGUGUUCUUUUUUCUGCACGGUUUUGGUAUUGGUUUCGGUUUAUCGUUUUAGAUAUUCGGUCAUAUUUGUUCGCCCAAGUUUUCCCGCUCUAUACAUCACAGUCUAAAUGAAGUUGCAACGCGAUCUUGCUGCCGCUGCCCUGAAUGAGGCCGAAUGCGCCCAUCCAGAAAUGGAUGCUGAACUCAAUGGCAUGAAUGCUCCUGUCUACAACUACGAUGUCUCCAACAACGACUCGUGGGCUGGAGCUUUGCCUAAGGAGCAAGGUCUUUACAACCCUGAUUUCGAAAAAGAUGCUUGCGGUGUCGGUUUUGUUUGUCAAAUCCGCGGUCUCCGCUCUCACAAAAUUGUCACCGAUGCUCGUCUGUUGCUUUGCAACAUGACGCAUCGUGGUGCUACUGGUGCUGACACGCGUGAUGGCGAUGGUGCCGGUGUCAUGACUUCAAUGCCUCAUGAGUUUAUGGCAAAGGAGUUCAAGCAAUCCCUCAACGUCACUAUUCCCGCCUCUGGUCGCUAUGCUGUCGGUAACGUCUUCUUCUCUCCUGAAGAGGAUAUCCGUAAGGCAGCCAUCGAAGAGUUCACCAACAUCGCUGAAGAAGCUGGUUUGGCCAUUCUCGGUUGGCGUUCUGUCCCCUGUGACAACACCAUCCUGGGUCCUGCCGCUCUCUCUCGCGAGCCCGUAAUCCUGCAACCCUGUGUCAUUCACAAGGCUAUGCAUGACGGCGCUCAAGAGUUCGACUCGGCCGUCUUUGAUCGCCAGUUGUUCAUUCUUCGCAAGCGCUCUACCCACAGAAUUGGUAUGCAAAAGUGGUUCUACAUUUGCUCUUUGAACCGCGAGACCAUUGUCUACAAGGGUCAACUUGCUCCUGUCCAGGUCUACAACUACUUCUUGGAUCUUAACAAUGCCGAGUACAAUGCUCACUUCGCUCUUGUCCAUUCUCGUUUCUCUACCAACACUUUCCCUUCUUGGGACCGUGCCCAGCCUAUGCGUUUUGCUGCUCACAACGGUGAGAUUAACACCCUCCGUGGUAACAAGAACUGGAUGCGUGCCCGCGAGGGAAUUAUGAAGUCCGAGCUUUUCGGUGAUGAGCUCCAAUCUUUGUUGCCGACCAUCGAGAAGGGUGGUUCCGACUCCGCUGCUUUCGACAACGUUUUGGAGCUGCUUUGUCUCUCCGGUACGCUUUCUCUGCCCGAGGCUGUUAUGCUUCUGAUUCCUGAAGCCUGGCAGACCAACCCCAACAUCAGCGACGAAAAGUCUGCUUUCUACGAGUGGGCUGCUUGCCAAAUGGAGCCUUGGGAUGGCCCUGCUUUGUUCACUUUUGCUGAUGGUCGUUACUGUGGUGCUAACCUUGACCGUAAUGGUCUUCGUCCUUGCCGUUACUACCUCACAUCCAAUGACAUUAUGGUUUGUGCGUCAGAGGUUGGCACUAUUGGCAUUGACCCCGAGGUUGUUACCCAAAAGGGUCGUUUGUACCCUGGUCGCAUGCUUCUCGUUGAUACCAAGGAGGGUCGUGUGGUUGAUGACAAGGAGCUUAAGCACACUAUUUCCACUCGCUAUGAUUUCCGUAGUUGGUUGGAUUCCGAGCUUAUCAACAUGAACAGUCUUGUCGAUGCCCUUGAGGAUAGCAGCGAAGUUGAUAUCACUCCUGAGGUUGACAAUACUGGCUUGGCCGAAGAUAAGCGUUUGCUUGCUUUUGGUUACACCCUUGAGCAAGUGAAUAUGAUCAUUGGUCCUAUGGCCAGUGAAGGUAAGGAGACGCUUGGUUCCAUGGGUAAUGAUGCAGCCCUUGCAUGUCUUUCCGAGAAACCUCGUCUCGUGUAUGAUUAUUUCCGUCAAUUGUUCGCACAAGUUACCAACCCACCCAUUGACCCCAUUCGUGAGUCCGUUGUUAUGAGCUUGCAAUGCUACGUUGGUCCUAGUGGUAACUUGCUGGAGAUUGAGCAGAGCCAGUGCCGCCGUCUGUGCUUGCCCACUCCCAUUUUGACCUUGGAAGAAUUUAAUGCUAUUAAGAACAUCAACGUUGUCCAUCCCGACUGGAAUGUUGAGAGUAUUGACAUCACUUUCCCCAAGAAUGGUAGCUAUGUCAAUGCCAUUGAUCGCAUUUGUCAAGAGGCUUCUGAUGCAGUUGACAAUAACAAGCAAAUCAUUGUUCUUAGCGAUCGUGCUGUUUCCGCCGAGCGUGUUCCCAUUGCUUCCCUGAUGGCUGUUGGUGCCGUUCAUCACCACUUGGUUCAAGCCAAGAAGCGUUCUCGUGUGGCCAUUGUUGUGGAAUCUGGUGAUGCUCGCGAGGUUCACCACAUGUGUAUGCUGCUUUGCUAUGGUGUUGAUGCCAUCUGUCCUUACUUGGCUAUUGAGUCAAUUAUUAAACUUCACCAUCAAAAUGCUCUCAAGCCCGGUGUUCCCGUUGAGAAGGCCGUCGAUAACUUCAAACACUCCAUCAAUGGUGGUAUUAUGAAGGUUAUGUCUAAGAUUGGUAUUUCCACCUUACAGUCGUACAAGGGUGCUCAAAUUUGCGAGAUCCUUGGUUUGGACAAUGAUGUAGUCGACAAGUGCUUCGCCGGCACUGCUUCUCGUAUUCGUGGUGUUUCCUUCGAUUAUAUCUCUCGCGAUGCCCUUGCUCUUCAUGAGCGUGGUUUCCCCACGAAGUACACAAUCUCGUCUAAGGGUCUUCCUGACAUGGGUGACUUCCACUACCGUGACGGUGGUGAGGAGCAUGUUAACCAUCCCAAGGCCAUUGCUCAGCUUCAAUAUGCCGUCCGUAACCGCAAUGAUGCCGCAUACCAAGAGUUUGCUCGCAUUCACCAAGAGCAAAUUCGUAAGUGUACUCUUCGCGGUAUGCUCGAUUUCGAUUACUCUGGAGAGGGCAUCCCCAUUGAGCAAGUUGAGCCCUGGACUGAGAUCGUUCGUCGUUUCUGUACCGGUGCCAUGUCUUACGGUUCCAUUAGCAUGGAAUCCCACUCUGCCAUGGCUAUUGCCAUGAACAGACUCGGUGGUAAGUCUAACACUGGUGAGGGUGGUGAAGAUCCUGCUCGUAGCCAACGUUUGCCUAAUGGCGAUACCAUGCGCUCUGCCAUUAAGCAAAUUGCUUCUGGCCGUUUCGGUGUCACUUCUUAUUAUCUUUCAGAUGCUGAUGAGCUCCAAAUUAAGAUGGCUCAAGGUGCCAAGCCUGGUGAAGGUGGUGAGCUGCCUGGUUACAAGGUCAGUGAGUCCAUUGCUCGCACCCGUCACUCUACACCCGGUGUGGGUCUUAUUUCUCCUCCCCCCCAUCACGACAUUUACUCCAUCGAGGAUCUUAAACAAUUGAUUUAUGAUCUGAAGGCUUCAAACCCCCGUGCUCGCGUUUCCGUGAAACUUGUAUCUGAAGUCGGUGUUGGUAUCGUCGCUUCCGGUGUCGCUAAGGCUAAGGCCGAUCACAUCUUGGUUUCCGGUCACGAUGGUGGUACUGGUGCUUCCCGUUGGACUGGUAUCAAGUACGCCGGUCUUCCUUGGGAGUUGGGUGUUGCUGAGACUCACCAAACUCUUGUUUUGAAUGAUCUCCGUGGUCGAGUUGUUAUUCAAACCGAUGGUCAAUUGCGUACUGGUCGCGAUGUUGCCAUUGCUUGUCUUCUCGGUGCUGAAGAGUGGGGUUUCGCGACCACUCCUUUGAUUGCUCUGGGUUGUGUCAUGAUGCGUAAGUGCCAUCUUAACACUUGUCCUGUUGGUAUUGCUACUCAAGAUCCUGAGCUCCGCAAGAAGUUCACUGGUCUUCCUGACCAUGUCGUAAACUUCUUCUACUAUGUCGCUGAGGAACUCCGUAGCAUCAUGGCCAAGCUUGGUUUCCGAACCAUCAAUGAGAUGGUUGGUCGCUCUGAUAAGCUCAAGGUUGCCGACCAUGUCAUCAAUGAGAAGUCGAAGAAGCUGGACCUUUCUCCUCUUCUCACCCCUGCUUUUACUUUGCGUCCUGGUGCGGCUACUUACAACGUGCGUAAGCAAGACCACCGUCUUUACACUCGUUUGGAUAACAAGUUGAUUGAUGAAGCCGAGCUUACAUUGGAAGACGGCAUUCCUAGUGUUAUUGAUUGUGAGAUUAUCAACACUGAUCGUGCAUUGGGUGCCACUCUCUCCAACCGUAUUAGCAAGCGUUUCGGCGAAGAGGGUCUUCCAACUGACUCUGUACGUGUUAACGUUUUUGGUUCUGCCGGUCAAUCAUUUGGCGCCUUCUUGGCUCCUGGUGUUACCUUACAACUUGAGGGUGAUUGUAAUGACUACGUCGGCAAGGGUCUUUCCGGUGGUCGUUUGAUUGUCUAUCCUCCUAAGGUUUCUUCUUUCAAGUCCGAGGAGAACAUCAUCGUUGGUAACACUUGUUUGUAUGGUGCUACUUCCGGUAUCGCCUUUAUUCGUGGUGUUGCUGCCGAGCGUUUUGGCGUUCGUAACUCUGGUGCUACUGCCGUUGUUGAGGGUUGCGGUGAUCAUGGUUGUGAGUAUAUGACUGGUGGUCGUGUCGUUAUUCUUGGAAGCACUGGUCGUAACUUUGCCGCUGGUAUGUCUGGUGGUAUUGCUUAUGUCUACGAUCUUCAACAAGAUUUUGCUAAGAAGGUCAAUAUGGAGAUGGUUGAGCUUUGCCAGGUUACUGAUCCUGCCGAGAUUGCUUUCCUUCGUGGUUUGAUUCUUGAUCAUCGUCAUUACACUGGUUCUGAGGUUGCUGACCGCAUUCUCAAUGAUUUCCUUCGUAACCUUCCUCGUUUCGUCAAGGUUCUUCCUCGUGACUACAAGGCUGUUCUUGAGCGUGAGGCUGCCAAGAAGGCCGAGGCUAAGCGUCUGCAAUAUCCUAAGGCUUUCAUGCCCGGCAACCCCAUUCGUGAGCAAUUGGAGAAGAAUAGCAAGGACGAGCCUGCCGUCGCUGAUGUUGAAGAUGUUGUUGGUGGUGCUAAGACUGAACAACGUCUUGACAAGCUUCGUGGUUUCAUGAAGUACCAGCGUCGUAGCGAGAAGUACAGAAAUCCUGUUAAGCGUACUAACGACUGGAAGGAGGUAUCUCAACGCCUUCGUGAAGGUGAGCUUCGUCUUCAAACUGCCAGAUGUAUGGACUGUGGUACUCCUUUCUGUCAGUCUGACUAUGGUUGCCCCAUUUCUAACAAGAUUUUCACUUGGAAUGAUCUUGUCUUCAAACAGCAAUGGAAGGAGGCUUGGAACGAGCUUUCAAAGACUAACAACUUCCCCGAUAUUACUGGUCGUGUUUGUCCUGCUCCUUGUGAGGGUGCCUGUACUCUUGGUAUUACUGAUGCUCCUGUCGGUAUUAAGAGUGUUGAGCGUGCCAUUUUCGACAAGGCCUGGGAGGAGGGCUGGGUUGUUCCUAACCCCCCUAAGUACCGCACUGACAAGCACAUUGCCAUUGUGGGUUCUGGUCCAGCUGGUUUGGCCGCUGCCGAUCAGUUGAACAAGGCUGGUCACAAUGUUACUGUCUUGGAACGUGAUAGUGCUCCAGGUGGUUUGUUGCACUAUGGUAUUCCCAACAUGAAGCUUGACAAGCUUAUCCUUAAGGCACGUAUUGAUCUCAUGACCCAAGAGGGCAUUACCUUUGAGACUAAUGCCAAGGUUGGCCCCGAUGGUCUUUACACCAUUGAGGAGUUGUCCGAGAAAUACGACGCUGUUAUCCUGGCAACUGGUUCGACCGUUCCUCGCGAUCUUCAAAUUCCUAACCGUGAUGCCGCUGGUAUUCACUUCGCUAUGGAGUUCUUGCACAAGAACACCGAGAGUCUUGAAAAGAGCAACCUUCUCGAUGGUAACUACAUCAAUGCUAAGGGCAAGGAUGUAAUUGUCAUUGGUGGUGGUGAUACUGGUAAUGAUUGUUUGGGCACUAGUGUCCGUCACGGUGCCAAGAGCAUCAAGAACCUUGAGUUGCUUCCCAUCCCUCCACGUGAGCGUGCAGAUGACAACCCCUGGCCUCAAUAUCCUCGUGUUUUCCGUGUUGAUUACGGUCAUGCUGAAGUCCAAGCUCAUUACGGAAGCGAUCCUCGUGAGUACUCCAUUCUCACUAAGUCCUUCGAGAAGGACGAAGAGGGUAACGUCAAGGGUAUCAACACUGUCCGCAUUGAGUGGGUUAAGAAUAGCAAGGGACGCUGGAUCAUGAAGGAGAUCCGUAACUCUGAGGAGUUCUUCCCCGCCGAUCUUGUUAUUUUGGCACUUGGUUUCUUGGGUCCCGAUGAAGAGGCUACUUCUGGAACCGAUAUCGAAAAGGAUGGUCGCUCUAACAUCAAGACUGUUGAGCGUUCUUACCGCACAAGCCUUCCCAAUGUCUAUGCUGCUGGUGAUUGUCACCGCGGUCAAAGUCUUGUUGUCUGGGCUAUCCAAGAGGGUCGCCAAUGUGCUCGUGAGGUUGAUGGUGCGCUUACCGGUAAGACCUACCUUCCUGGUAACGGCGGUGUUGUUCAGAGCACUGUCCUCCAAAACUAAAUAACUGGUAUGGUUUGAAAGUUAUUUUAUAUCACGAAGAUAUAUGAUUAUGAGAGCGUUAUCAUUACCGUUUUGAUGCCCUGUUUUUUUCUCCUGGUGUCCUUAGUACGAAGAAAGAUUUGAACUGCUUGUCAAAUCUCGUAGCUGGCUGCACGUUUAUAUAAGGCAAGUUCUAUCCUUCUCGUCCUGAAAACAGAUUGAUCGUGUACGCCUCGCAAACUUUGCGUUUCUUGCGGGCGGAUACCACUUGAUUUCGUUUUAAAAAGUUAACUCGAAGCGUUUAUAAAUUUUUGUUCCUUGAACAUUGUUCUCCGGGAACGCAACUCCCUUUCAUCACGACUCCCUUUUGUGGAGUGUAUGGUAUUAACUUUAUUAUUUGUUAUACUAUUUCCUUUUGUUAAUUAAUAUUGAAUUUUGGUCGUUCAUCCCA